UACCUACCUACCUACCAACCAACCACACAAUAUUAUUAUAUCUACCCUCACCGCUGCACCUCACCACCCACAUCCACCUUACUGUUACUCAAAAUAUCUACUAUCCACCACCACCACCACCAACUAAGCCAACCCAAAACUCCCACCAAAAAUGACCACAACGAAAAACCUCCUCCUCCUCAUCUUCUUCUGGGGCGAUAUCUUCGCCCUGCUAAUCCGACUCGCAACGGGCGAAUGGACCCCCAAAGCGAAAUGGAUUCUCGCCUGUUCGCACGUGGCGCUGUGGAUGCGGGCUUUGGAUGAGGUGGCGCUUUGACGGGUUUAUUUGGGGGUUAGGUAGGAUAGAUGGGAAGGAGAGGAAAGGGCAGCUGCGUCAUGAAAUUAACUGUGGCGGUUUUUUUUGGACGGUCAUACGGAGUCUGAGUCUGAGUCUGAGUCUGAAGAGGUGUAUGGAUGAUCCUGUGAUUGUAGUGGCUUAUUAGGGUAGGUAGGUAGGUAGGUAGGUAGGUAGGUAGGGAGGGUGCUUUUUAGGAUUCGGUGUCGAUUUAUGGCGUUGGAAGGUCAUGUACAUAAUCUCAG